CCAUGAUCGUCCUAUGGCUUGGGGAAAAAGGCACAAGAGGAUUCAUGGUUCUCUCAGCGCCUGCCAUUGGCCAGUGGGGCACUGUGAGUGCAUGGAGCGCUCUCAUUGGUUGGUGGGCGGAACAAUGCCCACUGGUUACCAGCUCCUCAGGAGAGGCUGUGGACCACCUCCUGCAGAGCUGCUGGGGUGGUAGGAGGAGCCUCACUGCCCUGGGGGCUGCCCAGUCGCCAUCUGGCACUGUCUCCCAUGAGUGAGGCAGAAGAUCACGAGGUGACCACAUGGGGGUCAUGAUGUCUAGGCAUUCAUGCUGCUAUUGCAGUGGCUGUUCCUACUGUGGCAUCGGGCGGUUAUUCAGGCUGUUGCGUGGUGUAGUGUACUUAUUUCAGUGGAAGAUUGAAUCUCUCAGAAGAGACCGGACACAACUGGAAGGUGAACCCAAUACCAAGAUUGUAAAGGGUAUUGUAACUAGCUGUGAGGAUGGUUAUGGCUGGAUCGAGAACUGUGUCUUCUUCAGCACUGGUGUUGUGAUCGGCCAUUUGUCUGUGCAAAUUGGAGAUAAAGUCCUUGCCUUUGUGGAGGAAGACCCACUAUCACAUGACUUAAAAGCAACUGAAGUAUGUGUUUUCUUAGAAGAUGAUAAGUUUACAGAACCAUACUCCAAGAUCCAAGUAUUAUCUGCGUGUGUUUCCUAUGUGAAGAAAGACAUCAUCCAUGUAGCUGAUGAAUACUACUUCUACCUGGACAGCAUUUCUAAAGCUAUCUUAGGUUUUACACCGUAUGAAGGGGACUGGUUAGACAUUGAGUAUUCUGUGGAGCAAGGAUCCUCAAAGAUCAUAGUACAGUCACUGAAGGCCACAAAGCACAGGCACCUGGAAGAGGCCCGUGUGACUAGCAUCCACAGACGACAAGGACUGCUCAAUCACUCCAUCUUCUUCACCCUGAACUCACUGAAAUGCCCUGUGGGCUAUACCCCUCUUGUGGGUCAUGUUGUCAAUGCGGUGAUAGUGCAGAGCAUCCGGUCCCACUACAGCUGGAGAGCCAUCGCCAUGAGUCCAGUGAAGGUGCUGUAG